AUGAUAUCCUCCUCAUCUCUCUUCCUUCUCUUUGUCUACGUGAUCUCCGCAUUGGGGAACACGGAGAUCGUCAAUUUCAUAGCGACAGAAGAGAAAAAUGUCGACCUUGCUUUCGUACCGAACUGGCCAGUUUUACGACCUGGGGAGUCGCUGCUUCGAUGGAAUGUAACUGCAUUACCCCUGGGCACCAUGAUUUCGAAAGAUUCGCCCCCAUGUGCAGAUCUAGAGAGCUGGAAUAGUCGUCCAGACGCGCCAACGGCAUGUCCUAACCAACUGUGGGUCGUUCUCGAGACAGAUCACAACGACUGGAAGUCAUUCUCAAAGUUUACUCUUCGUUUAUCAUGGGCGGCCUUCCACCCAGUUGACGUGUACAUGAAGAUAUCCGACCCAGCUACUAUAUCAUCAUCCAUCCCCGCAUUGCCCCACCAACAACCCCAAAAGACGCGUCGGAAGUACGCGCGAAUACAGCUAGUGUUCACUGGAGUCCUCACUCCUCGCGCUAGGCCACCACCACCAGAAGCUAUCACUCGUAUCAUUCCCAUCUUCUUGAAGCUAGAACCGUUGUAUUUCGGUGUUCUGCCAGAGUCAAUCAUCCCUGUGAUUUGGUUGAUGAUUCCUGUGGUCAUUAUUGGUACGGUCGCGGCGUCGAAGGCGAACAAGUAUUUCCAAGGCGUCGUGGAGGAGGCGAAGAAGGAGCUGGCUGCUAUGAAGGCACAGAAAGUAGAUUGA